UGGUCCCACACACAGUGAGUAGUAAGAAGUCACUCCACUCAGAGGAGCUCAGUGUUAGUGUAGCCAUGGUGAAGUGUACGUCGAUUUUGCUCGUGCUCUUGGCUGCGGCCAUGGGUGUAUGGUCCCAGGGGCACGAACAGCAUGUGGUGUGCUACUUGGGGUCCUGGUCAGUUUACAGGCCAAGUCCUGGGAAGUUCGACAUCGAGAACAUUGAACCCAGACUCUGCACGUCUCUCGUCUACGCUUUUGCUGGACUCGACGAAACCACCUUCACCAUCAAGUCACUGGAUCCAGAGUACGACAUUAACAAGAAGGCUUUCGAAAGGUUUGUAGGCCUAAAGAAGAUUAACCCUAAACUGAAGGUUCUCAUAGCCAUUGGAGGAUGGACGGAGGGUUCAACCAAGUACUCUGCAAUGGCCAGCACAGCUGCUUCCAGAAAGACUUUCAUCAACUCAGCUGUCAACUUUAUUCAAACUCAUGGCUUUGAUGGCCUCGAUCUGGACUGGGAGUACCCUGCCAGCAGGGGUGGUGUGCCUCAGGACAAGGAAAACUUCGUUCUUCUGGUUAAGGAACUUCGUCAAGAAUUCGUGAAGUACGGCUGGAUGUUGACUGCGGCCACAGCAGCUGCCAAAUCCAUCAUCGACAAAGCUUAUGACAUCGAUGACUUGGUGGAGCAUUUGGACUUCAUCCACAUCAUGGCUUAUGAUUACCACGGCAAAUGGGAUGGACAUACCGGCCACAACGCUCCUCUUUACUCACGGGACGAUGAAGCAGAUGAAGAGAAGGCCCUCAACGUGGACUCAACAGUGAAGGCCUACAUGGAUGCUGGUGCUCCACCCCAUAAACUCGUUCUUGGUUUAGGAUUCUACGGAAGGACCUUCCUAUUGGCUGACCCCAGCCAGCCUGGCAUUUCUGCCCCAGCCCAAUCAUCAGCCUUUGCUGGACCUUAUACCAAGGAGGAUGGAUUCCUUGGCUACAAUGAGAUUUGUGAGAAGCAAACAUCCGAAGCUGGACUAUGGAACGUUGUGUGGCAGAAAGCCCACCAGGUUCCCUACAUGUUCCGUGACAACAUGUGGGUCGGCUAUGACGAUCCCGUCUCCAUCAACCUGAAGGUGGCGUACGCCCAGUCUCAUGGCCUCGGAGGCCUCAUGAUCUGGUCCAUCGACACAGACGACUUUACUGGCGUCUGUUCCAAGAACAGGGAGAGGUUCCCACUCCUCAUGGCCAUCAAUAAGGCUCUGGUAGCCCACAAGGAGAAGCGCCCAACUCCUGGAGCACCUGGUGUGGACACCAAACCCGGCAUGCCCGACCAGCCUGGCAUGCCCGACAAGCCUGGCAUGCCCGACAAGCCCGACAUAGAUGAUGAUAAACCCGACGUAGACCUCGAUGUAGAUAACGACCUUGAUGACAGAAGAACCUCUAGUUUCGGUGGUGACCGCAAGAGACCCGAAAAAGGAGGCUCUUCAGCCGUGGUUCCAGCAGCCACGACUCUCUUCGCUCUUCUUCUUGCUUCUUUCCUUGCAAAGUAAGGUUCGAUAACUACGCAAGAGCAUUUACACCGACUCAUCCUCACAAUCCCUACCAGCCCUAGUACCACCACAACUGAGUCGAUGUCCUGUUUCUAAAGAGGCUACGAAUGAAGACAAAUGUGUCCUCGUAUAUAAGCUCCUCGGUAAGGCAGGAGUAUGCGCCGGAAGAGUCCGGCUUAGCUUCACUACUACAACAACAUGGUAACAUAGCCCACCAUAAAACAGCCUCUGUUGGAUUCCAGUUUAAAAAAAACUUUUAUAUUGUAUAUAAAGGGUUAACCAAUUUAGUUUUUUCUAUCUUUUAGCUUUUAGCAAAGCCAUCUGAAUUGACAGCUUUGAUCUUUCAAAACAUUUGCAAGUAACUGCGUCCUGAUGCAAACCAAAUGCAUCUGAUCUUUGUAAAUCAAAGUUCAAACUGCUCAAUACAGUAUUUGAUGGCUGCCUUGAUAAUGUAAACUUGUCUUUCACAAAAUCCGUCCUAGCAUAAUGUUUCCUAGUUACUACUGUACAUCGGUGCAGGAUAGAAUUUUAAGAACUCCAUCCAUUGAAUUCAUGUUAUUGUUUGGGGAAAUAUAAAGAUGUAGAGAAAAAAACUGCGAUUUUGAAACUUGCAUUAUAAUAAGUUCAAGGAGAAUUCUCUCGUUCAAGGUGACAAGAUGUGUAUGGUUCUCUUUGAUCAUCAUAACUUGCCUUGUAUACAUAAGAUAAUGCAUUACUGGAGUAAAGUGAUUGUGAUAAUUUGUUUUUAAGUUCUGAUAUUUAAUUUCCUUCAACUUAUUGCAUUCGUUGAACAUACGCCUGACGCCAAAGAUGAAAAUAUUUAAGGGAUAUGUCUUUAAAGAUGGUAAAGAAUUUAAUAUUACAUUUAAAAACACAAAGAAUCAAACUAGUAAUGAGCUACAAAAUAAAUUAAUAAAUAUAAACUAUUAUUUAUUUGUAUUCUCAAUUUUAAAAUACAGAUUAAAAAUUAGUAAUGAUCCUCAAAUUAAAAGACAGUAAGAUAAAAGUGGGAAUCAUUUUGAAAUUGUAGAACAGACUUAAAGGCAAGAUUAGAAUUGGCUCUCAAAUUUGGAGAUUUAUUUUGCCUGAAGAUAUUUUGGCAAUGUACCUUCUGGUUAACGUGGGUGGUCAGGUCCAUGUUCCUUCAAUAUUCAUAUAAAUUUCGUCUUACUUGGCCAUCUUAAUCUUUCACUGCACUCUCACACAAAUUUUGACUGUGAAAUUAUAGAAAUACUUCUAAAGUCUUUCUACAUCUUCCAGUAUUUUUGUGAAUAUAUUUUAUCUCUUGUAACAAUAUAUAUAUAUAU